GUAAAUAAAAAGAUUGGUUUGCAUCGAAUAGAUAUAGUUACAUAUUUCCGGUCAGACUUUCCCGCCCUGAAGCACCAUGGCUGGAAACAGCGAAACGAUCCGUGUGGACAAAGAGUUAGAUCUUUCGAAUGCUGGCCGCGGCGUGUGGCUCGUGAAGGUGCCAAAAUAUAUGGCCAACAAGUGGGAAAAGGCACCCGGCAACAUCGAAGUGGGCAAGCUGAAAAUAUCCAAACAGGCAGGCCAGAAGGCUCAGGUAUCGCUCACACUGUCGGAUGCCGUUAUCAACAUUGACCCGGCCGAUGAAAUUCCGCGCGAUCACCGAUUGGACGUGUCCGUGGUGACGAAGCAGACGCUCGGAGUGUUCUCGCACGCCAUCACCACAAACCGGGACGAUCCGGUGCCGGAGUGUGAGAAGCAGUACAUGGAGGGGCGCAUCGUGCAGAAGCUCGAGUGUCGUCCAUACGCCGACAACUGUUACAUGAAGAUGAAGCUCGAAUCGAUCCGCAAAGCGUCGCAACCGGCCCGGCAAGUGAAAUCGUUGGAGAAGAUCGUGCACAACUACAAACCGGUGUCGGACCACAAGCACAACAUUGAAGACCGCGAGCGGAAGAAGGCGGAGGGUAAGAAGAGUCGCGAAGAUAAGAAUGCGGUGCUGGACAUGCUGUUCAACGCGUUCGAAAAGCAUCAGUACUACAACAUCAAGGACCUGGUGAAACUGACCCGCCAACCGAUCAGCUACCUGAAGGAGAUCCUGAAGGAGGUGUGCGAUUACAACAUGAAAAAUCCACACAAGAACAUGUGGGAACUGAAGAAGGAGUACCGGCACUACAAGGAGGACGACAAAAAGGACACGGACACGGCGAAAGACAUGUCGGACAGUGAUAGCGAUUGAGUCUGUGAUCUUUUACUGGGUUCGUGUCAGCUGCUAUUGUGUAGGGCCUGUAAACUAAGCAAAGAACCUUUAUUCUCCAAUUUUAACAUAAAUAUAUACAAGAAA